AUGAAGGAGGACAGGGAAGUGCUGCUACAAAGUUUUUUUGAUCUUAUUGUAUUUUCCCCUCCAGAUUUCCUGUUUUUCUGGGGAGCUGUCUUCUUAGUUACCACUACACUGGUUGCCUUUUUGAAAAAGGAAAACAAGGAGCUGAUACCAGCAAAGGAAGAAACAAAAGGCAUCACUGAUACAUACAAGCUGCUGUUCUCAAUAAUCAGGAUGCCAGCAGUUCUUACCUUCUGUCUCUUGAUCCUCACGUCCAAAGUUGGAUUUUCAGCAGCAGAUGCUGUAACAGGACUCAAACUGGUGGAGGAGGGGGUCCCCAAAGAGCACCUGGCUCUGCUGGCAGUUCCAAUGGUUCCUUUACAGAUCAUCUUGCCCCUGGUCAUCAGCAAAUACACAGCAGGCCCCCAGCCCCUGAACACCUUCUACAAAGCCAUGCCUUUCAGGUUGCUGCUUGGCCUGGAGUUUGCUUUCCUGGUGUGGUGGGCUCCCAAAGUGAAGCACGAGGGAGGGUUUCCCCUGUACUACUACGCUGUGGUGGUGCUGAGUUACGCUCUGCAUCAGAUCACCCUGUACAGCAUGUACGUGGCAAUCAUGGCCUUCAACGCCAAGGUGAGCGACCCCCUCAUCGGGGGCACCUACAUGACCCUGCUGAACACGGUGUCCAACCUGGGGGGCAACUGGCCCUCCACCGUGGCCCUGUGGCUGGUGGAUCCCCUCACGGUGAAGGAGUGUGCUGGGGCCCAGGGCCAUUCCUGUGGCACUGCAGCAGCUGCAGAGCUCUGCACAGAGGCUGGUGGCUCCUGCGUGACCACCCUGGACGGUUACUACGUGGAGUCCGUCAUCUGCCUCAUCCUGGGCUUUGGCUGGUGGUUCCUCCUUGGACCAAAGUUCAAAAAGCUGCAGGACGAAGGACAGUCUUCCUGGAAGUGCAAGAGGAGCAAUUGAUGCACUUAAACGUUGGAGGGACCAGCAAGGUUGUUUUAGUUCUAUUACAGAGACACAUCCCAUAUCCCACCCCCAGGAACGUCGGUGUUUGGUGCCACAGCAGUGAAAGCGCGUGGCCGAGGCGGUGGCUGUGACACCACUGCCCUCCCAGGGUCAGUUCAGAGAGUAAAGGUUCCAACCUCUGUCCUCCCUGAGUAUCCUGCAUUUCCCUGAGCCCCAGAGCCACGGCUGCUGGCACAACCACUGCUGAUCCCAUCCUGGCGCCGUGGCUGUCGAGGGGCAGCAUUGCCAGCCGAGUCCCAGCUUUACUGUCACACAGAAGUGACCUGCCAGGCCAGCUGGCCCAGGGGGAGGGAUGCCAAAGGCAUUCUCACACACAGGUUAAGUGUUGUACUACGGAAUUCCUUGUGGGAAGAUCAGCGUGAGGUGCCUGUGGGCUUUGCUUCUCACUUUCUGAACUGUAGCCACGCCUCAAAGGAUGAAACGUUCCGGAGAUUCUUUUAAACGUAUUUUCUGGCUUUUAUAAGCUUUAAAGAUUUAUAAGAAAAUAUUUUUAUAAACAAAUUACAUUUGUUUAAUUUAUUUCCGCUGUUUCAAAGCAGUUUGAUUUACAUUCAAGGUACUUUCUUGAGGACAAAAUGCUGUAAGGUAGGACUGGAGUAACGCACAAUCCUCUGAGCCUCGGCUCCUGCAGCUGUAACUGGAAGGUGCUGGGCUUCCCAGGGGAGGGCCUUCGGAGCAGGGUGAGUUUGAGGGAAUGAACUGGUAGUGUUGGGUUUCCCCAGUGUCACUAAAAUUUGAGCAUUCCUUCUCGAAAUCCGUGGGAAAACCGUGACUGCUCCCAGCUGGGGUAAGAAAAGCGAGUUGGUGAUGAGGAAGUCGCCACAUUCCCAGAGAGCAGGGACACGUCUCACCCUCACGGAAAUCCAAGGAGCACAGUCCUGUGGUGGAGCUGCUGCAGCAGGAGCUGCUGAUGCCAUGUGGUGGAAACAUUCCCGGUGCAUUAUCCCCCCUGCCCUCCCUCCUGAGUGCCUUAGUGACCCACAGCCCGCGCUGAGAGGGCACUGGGACCUCGGUGGGUGUAAAUGGUGCAUCGCUAUUAAACAGCCCUGGGAAGGGCACCAGUGUCUC